GGAGUGCUGGUGAAGGCAGGAGAAGCUGCCUGAUUGCAGGUCCCGGACCUGGGAUGGGGGCAGGCCCAGCAAGGGCAGGCGGAACCUAGCUCAGGUGGCAGCGAGGCUGGAGAGGGGAUCUGGUUCCCUGUGACAAAGGGCCGGUGAAUAAAACAUGAGAGGGGUCUGGUGUUAGGUUGGGCCUGAGGCACAUUGACCUCAUUCUGUCCAGCGGCGAGGAGGACCCAGAACCUAGGCAGGCCGGCCCUCAGAGGACCAAAGACCAAGAGAAGCAUUGCCUCCAGAGGCAGCCCCAGCCCAGGGAACCCAUGGCCCAGACUCGGGACCAUCACUCAACGGCUCCUGAGGAAGACCCCGGGCCCAGCAGGGCACCGACGAACCAGGGACCCCAGGACCUGGGGACCAAAGGAACGCCGGAUGCCAGCCCCUCGCUCAAUCCUGGAGAGCCCGGGCUCCAGGACUCCGAAGAGCUUGUUGCCCAGAUUGAGGCUGCUUACGGGCCGGACAGAGAGCUUCGCCCAGAAGAGAUAGAAGAGCUACAGACCGCUUUCCAGGAGUUUGACCGGGACCGAGACGGCUACAUCGGCUACCGGGAGCUGGGGGCCUGCAUGCGCACUCUGGGCUACAUGCCCACGGAGAUGGAGCUCAUUGAGAUCUCCCAGCAGAUCAGUGGCGGGAAGGUGGAUUUUGAAGACUUCGUCGAGCUGAUGGGCCCCAAGAUGCUGGCAGAGACGGCGGACAUGAUCGGAGUCAGGGAGCUGCGGGACGCCUUCCGGGAGUUUGACACCAACGGAGACGGCCAGAUCAGUCUGGGGGAGCUGCGGGCAGCCCUGAAGGCCCUGCUGGGGGAGCGGCUCAGCCAGCGGGAGGUGGAUGAGAUCCUGCAUGACAUUGACCUCAACGGGGAUGGACUCAUCGACUUUGAAGGUACCGCCUGGGCCGGGACGCCCCUCCUUCCCCUCCCAGGACUCCCCCAGGAAAGCUGGGACCCCCAGGGACUGGCAGGAGCCUCAAAGGUCUAGGCUGAGCCUCUCACUGUGGGCACGGGGACCCCAGGCCCAGUGAGCAGGAAAGGACUUGGCCAAGGUCACCGGUCAGCUCCAGAGCCCAAGUCUCUACCUUCUCUUCCCUCCUCAACCCAGGGGUUGGGCUGCUUCCAGCCUAGCCUGGCCGGGGUAAGCUAGUUCCCGAGGAGGCUUUGGGGAGGGACCCUCCAGAUCAGAGCUGGGUGUAGGUGAGCCCCAGAAGCUCCCCAACCGCGGGCCCUGCCCCUACAGAGUUUGUACGGAUGAUGUCCCGCUGACCGGCCGGCAGAGCCCCGACGGCAGCCGCUCCAGCACCGGGAUGCCAGCUCAGCCAUCGACCCUGGAACCCCGCCAUCCGCUCCCGGGGUGCCCCUCCCACCGCUCCCCCUCGCCUCCUCACUCCUUUCCUUUAAGCUGUGCAUGUACGGUGAGCCCCGAUUCUCCCUCUCGAACCUCUCGUCCUAGCCAUUCCCCAACAAGGCUCCCCCCGGGCUCCCUGCCCCGGGGGGCCCUGGGCUGUCCCUCCCUCGCCCUGGCCUUCUCCUUGAGGACAAUAAAGUUUCUGGACGUCUGACCA